AUGGACAGAUCACCUUCACUGCCAUUGCGCAAGCGCUUCAAGACGAUCACUGAGGGAGUCGAGGAAAUUGAGAAGGAGUCAAUCAUGAAGCUCAAUGAUGACUGCCUUCUCAUUAUUUUCUCGCACAUGACUCUGUGGAAUUUGAUUGUGGUUGAGAAGGUUUGCAUGCGCUUCGAGUCACUCGCCAAGACAUUCUACAGAUCACAGCACAUUCUGGACUUUCAGGCUAAAAAUCUCCAAAUCUCAGCCGAAAGGCUUUUCCCUCCUUGGGCCAAUCCCUGCCAGAAUCCCGAGCUGAAACUCCAACAAGUAACGGACAUCGCACAGAGACUUGGCCCUUACGUACAUACUCUAAGAGCAUCUUUCAGCGUGUUCGCCGACAUCAGUAACAGUGUCCACAUCUUGUUAACGAACUGCGUCAAGUUGCAGAGCUUGUAUCUCGAUGCCUUUAGCGCAGAUGUCGUGCCUGUGCUCGCCAAGACGUUUGCAAAUCUCAAGGUGGUCCGUUUGCGGCAUUAUGAGCUCAUGGAUUACACGAUGGUGAAGCUCUUGCACGGAGCAAAGCAGCUGGAGACGCUCAAUUUCGCUGAUAACAAGAGCUUUGGAUUCAAGGGACAAUUUCUGACCAUGCUGAGAAAUAUUCAGGAUCUCAAUCUCAGUGAGUGUGACAGUAUCAAUCCGAAUUUCCUAAUACAGUUCUUCAGACGCAACAAAGGACUGAAAAGCCUCAACAUAAUCGGAUGUUCCAUGAAUGGCGCAUGUUUGGAUGCGAUUGCGACCAAACUGAGGAAUUUGCAAUGUCUGAAGAUCAGCAAUAACUACAAAAAAACCAAACCAACUGAUUUCCACAUGCUUGAAAAUGUGUCUCACUUGAAACAUCUGAAGAUUAGCACUUACCAUUACGUCAACAUUAACUACUAUCUGAUGAAAAUGAUCGAACGGAACAAGUUGGAAUCUCUAGAAGUGGAAUACAUUAUGAUAAGACGUAACCAAGGGCAAAACUCUAUUUCCAUUCCCUUCCGCUACUGCUCCACCUUGAAAGUGCUGAAGCUCAGCGCAUGGAUCGAUUUGGAGGAUAAGGUGCUGGAGCAGAUAUCUCUUGUUCAGACCCUGGAAGAGCUGCGCUUGGAUUAUUGCUCGUGGUCCACAAAUGAGGGCAUAAUGAAAGUGAUCAGAAAUUGUCGGUCGCUUAGACUCCUCGACAUAAACAAAUGCCGCUCCAGAGUCUUCAAUGAUCUCAUCACCGCCAUCUUAUCGAUCCUUCCCAGCAGGAUCACACCGUUGAAAAUUCUGAUGGGAAAAGGUCAAAUUGACGAAUCCAUGUGGGAGAUCAAGAAUCCCAAAUUGAUAUUGAUUUGUAUAGAAAGGGGAUAGAACCCGAAAAGAGGAGGUUUCAACAAAUUGUGAGGUUAUGAAUUUGC